AUGGCUUCACCAUAUGUGGCGAUAGCUCUGCGCAAGCAGGAUGAAUUAGAUGCUGCUAUUCCCGUACAAUGGAAACUGCCUGCACAGUUCAUCCCCGAGGGGAUGCUCACACCGGCCGAGUCCAUCACCGAGGGUCCGAAGCAAUACACCAGAGUCAAUGUGAUGGAGAUUCCACGCACAUGUGGGCUACUUUCAUCUAAAGAACUUGAGAUUACGGAGAAAUAUGAUGUACGGGCACUCGUCUCAGCGAUGACGGAGGGCAAAAUCAAGGCUGAAGAGGUGGUGCUGGCAUUUUGCAAAAGAGCAGCUAUUUCCCACCAACUCACGCGCUGUCUGACCGAACCUCUGUUUGACCGUGCCUUACAUCGGGCGCGGGAACUUGACGAACACCUCCAACGUACGGGUCACCCCGUCGGCCCUUUACAUGGCCUCCCUGUCUCGGUGAAAGAUACAUUCCGGGUGAAAGGAGUGGAUUCGAGCAUCGGUCUCUCCGCAUUGGCUUUUAAACCUUCAUCUGCAAAUUCUCCGCUAGUCGAUCUCCUAGAGAGCCUCGGUGCCAUCGUGAUCGCCAAGACAAAUGUCCCUCAGACGCUCGCAACGCUGGAUAGCUGCAACCACCUAUUCGGACGGACACUGAAUCCACUGAAUCGACAAUGGACGGCGGGCGGUAGCACAGGCGGCGAGGGCGUUCUGGUCGCGAUGCACGGCUCGAUGGUCGGAUUUGGCACGGAUAUUGGCGGUAGUAUCCGCGUGCCGGCCAUGUGCCAGGGUAUCUAUGGAUUCAAGCCAAGCAACGGACGUGUCCCAUAUGGUGGUCAGGAAAGUGGCCAGCUUCCUGGUAAAGGUCGGAUGGCUAUCCAGGCUGUGGCGGGUCCUCUUGCCCGGUCGGUUGCGGAUUUGGAGGCUAUCAUGCGUGAGAUUGUACCGCGGUCGGAACUCUUUGAUGAGGAUUGUAUACCGGGGUAUUGGCCUGCGCCUGCGCCGUUGACACUUUCACCGCGGAACUUUACUAUUGGUAUCCUUAAGACGGAUGGUCUUGUCACACCCUUACCCCCUGUGGCUCGUGUUAUUGAUGAAGUCGCCCGGCUCUUGCGUCAGACUCCGGGCGUUGGGGUUGUCGAUAUCCCAACCCCGCCUGCGAUGCGCAAGUGCCAAGCAGUUGCUGGUAGACUUAUGGGUGUUGAUGAUGGGUCCAGUAUGAUGGAUCUUAUCGAAAGUAUGGGCGAGCCUUUGAUUCCCUGGCUGCAGGGUAGGUAUGGGCGUGGCAAGGCAUUAAAUGUCAACCAGCUAGCGGAUCUGCACGCCCAGCGCGCCCAGCUAGAGAAAGAGAUGCUGAGCAUGUGGACACUCGGUUUAUCGCGAGAGAGACGCGUGGAUGCUAUUAUUUGUCCUGUGGCGCCACAUCCAGUUCCCCAGAUGGACCGUUACAAUGCGGUGGGAUACACCUCAUCGUUCGUGCUGCUGGAUUAUCCAGCCGGUACGAUCCCGGUACGCCGGUUGGUUGAGUCUGAUCUGGAGAUCGGACGCGAGAUGGACUCACCGGAUUUAGGUAGCUGGGAUAAGGCGAAUCGCAAAUUAUGGGAUGAGAAAACAACCGAUCGUCGGGUUUAUCUAGAUUCACCACUCAGUGUCCAAGUCGUGACUCCAAAGCAACGGGACUAUGAGCUCUUCCAGGCGAUGGAAAUUGUCGAUAGAGCAGUGCAGGGACAUGCAGUUGGUGCAAAGCUUUGA